ACAAGCGAGAAGGUGCGACGCGAUAUCUUCAGUUCCCCUUUGGCCGCUACUGAAUUAGAAACGCCUGCGCCUGCUCUUUGGCCAAAGCAGAAUAGUACCUAUUGUCCCGGCUUGACAACACCACCGAUGCGUUUGCGGUGGCUAUUCGCUAUGUUCGGGAGCGGCACUGGGAUCCAAUCCGUCGGUGCGUUUUCGGUGGCGAUCUGGCCGCGGCCGAGAUGGUGGCUUAGACGGCGGGGAGGAGAGCCCGGCAGAGACGGGACUAGAGGUGGAAGGGAUAUCCCCUCACAGAAGCACGCAGCUGAAAGAUGUUGUUAUAACAGACUCCGGACGAGGAGUUGUCAGCCGCAAGACACGACACGGAUGAACGUGGGAGUAACAAGAGGAACAAAGUGAGAGAGAGAAAUUCCGGAUAUCCUCCGAUUCUUCUAUUCAUGUGCCACACGAUGGACCGGCGCCAGUCGAACAAAUCACAUCGUAAAAAAAGU